AUGGUGCUUCCCGCAUCAAUUGGUUACGUUGAAGCUAAGGCACGGGUCAUCCGUGGUACCGACCGCAUCACCUCAUUCAUUGUCGCCGCCGGUGAAUACAAGGCUGAUAUUCAAAAUGCCGGCAAACGUUCAAAGGUUGACAACAUGCUGCGUGACGUGAACGACAUCCGUGCAAAAGUCGAAGAAGAUAUCCAGUACAUGGAACGGGCUGUAAGUCAAGGGACAGCGCCGGUGGAUGUCACCGAUACAAAGGACAGUCGGACACUCUCUGCUGCAUUCGAUAAACUCUAUUACGAACUCACUGCCUUUUCUGAUGUCCACAAUUUUACGCUUGGACGAGUCCAGGAUCGAUCAUUGACUCCGAACACGGAUCCAAAUAACACUAUUGCAAACCUGUCUCACUAUCAAUUACCAAAACGCAAGUUCCCUACGUUCUCUGGUUCAAUCACGGAAUGGCAAGGAUUCGACGACCUUUUCAACUCAAUCAUGUCCCACAUGGCAGAUCUUCCGGACGUGGAGAAAUUUGAAUUUCUAAAGACAUCUCUCGAAGGUGAAGCGUUAUCACUGGUUGUCCACCUUCCACUGACCGCCGCUAACUACUCCAGUGCAUGGGGUCUAUUACGUGCCCGAUAUGGGAACAAGCGGGAUUUGGCCCGAGUCCAUCUUGAAGCUCUUCUAGCUCCGCACUCGGUGCUAUCUAACGAUGCCGGUUCCAUAAAAUCUCUCAUCCAGUCAAUUCUGGAACACACAGCUGCAUUGGACAACCUGGAUCUAACCACUCGGCUAUGGAGUCCAAUCUUGAUCCAUAUUUUCGAAAAAUAUUUGGAUUACGACCUCCGUGCUCGGUGGGAAAUGAUUCUCGGUGAACGGCACCAACCACAGAUUUCCGAAUUCGUCGAGUUCUUGCGGUCUCACGUGCGGUCCGCCGAAGCUCGGUCAGGACUUUAUUCUGCAGUGAUCCAAGGUUCUACUGGUCACUUCCAACCCUCUGCAAACUCAAAAUCCACCCGACGUCAGCAUCCUACAUCUUCGUCAAAGGUACUGAUUGCUACCACUCACAAGUCUGCCACUACGUCAAAAACUUGUCCAUUAUGUAAUCAGGCCCAUUCAAUACGUCAAUGCCAUAUAUUUACAAACCAAGGCCCAACAGAACGGUUCGAGACCAUGAAGAAAUUUCAACUUUGCAUUAACUGUUUGGGCGCUGGACACUCUACGGCAUCAUGUCCAUCAAAAUACACUUGCCAAUCGUGUCAUAAAAAACACCACACAUUGUUGCACUUUCCAACCAGUCCGCCCGUCAUCGCAGGGACUCAGUCGCCAACAUCAAUGUUCGUUGCCACAAAUAAACCUCAAACCAUACUACUAUCCACGUUACUCAUCAGUGUCGUGUCAGUCAACAACCAGAAACACACGUUCCGAGCACUAUUGGAUACGGGCUCGCAGGUUAGUUUCAUUACCAAGCAAAGUGCAGAUCGCCUAGCGUUACCAAUACGUCGCUGUUCAACACAAAUAAGUGCCUUCUCGGGUGCAUCGGUCAAUGCUGUGUCUGGCGCCAUUUCAAUCAGCAUGUCACCAGUAGGCAAUUCAGAACCGUCUAUUCCUCUUGAUGUUUACAUUGUAUCAAAAAUAACGGAACCCUUGCCUCAAACUUCAUUCGCAUAUACCGCGUUGCCUCAUCUGAAUAAACUGAAUUUAGCGGAUCCAAAUUUUAAUAUUCAAGGCCCAAUUGACAUUCUGUUGGGCGCCGAUGUCGCCCCGGCCAUCCUCACCGGAAACCGUGUUGCUGGACUCCAGUCACACCCAACAGCUUUCAGCACGGUCUUCGGAUGGGUUCUGAUGGGACCAGUCCCAUCAAGUGCAAAGAUUACAUCAAUGCUCGUCACCACUGAGACAACUCUCGAGCAGACAGUAAGUAAAUUUUGGGAGAUGGAGGAACUCCCAAAGGUUCAACAUCUUAGUCCUGACGAAAUUCAGGCAGAAACCAUCUUUACAUCUUCAAUCAAACGCCUAACUUCUGGACGGUUUAGUGUUGCCUUGCCAUUUAAACAUCCCCGUCCAAUACUCGGUGACUCAAAAGGUAGCGCGCUCAGAAGAUUUCAUGCUCUCGAACGGCGUCUGGCUCAAGAUCCAAACUUGGGCAAAAAAUACUCUGACUUUAUGCAAGACUACUUGGAAAGUAAACACAUGGAAAUAGUUCCCGACAGCAAUAAAAUAACACCUUAUUGCUAUUACAUACCGCAUCAUUGUAUCCUGCGUCCGGAAAGUCAAACUACAAAGCUUCGGGUAGUUUUCGACGCCUCAUCUCAAACUACAUCUGGGCAGUCAUUAAAUUCCAGCGUGUACACUGGACAGAAGUUACAGCAAGAAAUGACCAACAUUCUGAUUCGAUCUCGAGUACACAAGUUUUUAUUCACUGCGGAUAUCAAACAAAUGUAUCGACAAAUCCAAAUUCAUGCAACCGAUCGGGAUUAUUUACGUAUUCUUUGGCGUUUUGAACCAGACUCACCAAUUCAAGAAUAUCGCCUCUGUACGGUCACAUAUGGCUCCUCUUGUGCUCCACACCAAGCACUACGCACAAUGCAACAUCUGGCAACAAUUGAAGAGUCAAGGUUUCCAAUUGCUGCUAAAUUGCUGAAGAAUGACAUGUUUGUUGACGACAUUCUUACAGGAGCUCAGUCAGAAGAGGAUACAUUAUUCUGCCAACAACAGGUGAUUGCUCUGUGUGCUCAGGGGAAGUUCCAACUUAGGAAGUGGGCUAGUAAUCUACCCAGCAUCUUACAAGCGGUACCCACCUCUGAAUGCUCUAUAGAUCCCGCUGUACUAUUCGAUGACGAAGGGCAAGCAAUACUCAAGAUCCUCGGCAUGUAUUGGAAUCCCACGCAGGACUACUUUUCGUACAACUAUCAUAGUCCAAGCUUCACGACAACUAAACGUUCAGUCUUAUCAGAUAUGGCACGUAUCUUCGAUCCUUUGGGUUUCUUAGCACCCGUUACCUUCCUGGCCAAAUAUGUAAUGCAAUUAUUAUGGACGUCUGGAAUUGGUUGGGACGAUCUCGUCCCCGAACAAAUACUCACAAUUUGGAAGCGGUAUCAAUAG